GACUGCACUAGGCGCUUGACAUGUGGCUUUCGGCUAGUGUCUUGUGUACGUCUCGCUAUAAUUGCCUAACCCAUGGCGUGAGAUUUGGAAACUGCUAGUGGGCUGUUCUCUUUGUGUGGGCGCUCGUCUUUACUGCGCCAAGUGUUCGGUGAAAUGUCUCAAUCAAAAAUGAUGGGAACUACUCACCCGUCCUCCCUGGUCCAUUUCUGCGCCCUCUUUUCCACGCCUUGUGGUUGAAUGUCAUGUCGGUAUGGCUGGAGAAGUUGCAUUAAUUGGAGCUGACCGAUUCUUUGAGUUCGGUUGAGUGUGUUUACCAGCGAAGUAAAACAUGCUUCGUGUUAUGGUGGAAGUUUAUGAAAUCCCAUUGAUCUUGACCUGAUCGUGCUUCCGUAUUAAUUUUUGAUGUGGAAAACUAGGCACAACUUAACUAUUGUUAACUUGAUUUCUCUGGGUGGUUAGAAGAGUUGAGAAGAUACUCAUCAUGAAUUGAGUGCAGCAGAUGACAAUGUUUGAUGGAGCGGGGCACGAUUUUGCAAUGUUCCCAUGAAGUACCUUCCUUGAAGAGUUGAAGUUUAAAGGAAAAAAAGAACACUUUGAUUGAUUUCGCAAAAUUCCAUCUGGUCAAGAUCAAUGUUAUUGUCAAGAUUCUUUGGCAGAGCACUUUUUGCUGCUGCUAGAACAGAGUCUUCUGCUGGGACUGCCGCUGCUGCUUCGGCGGCUACAUCUAGGACAGGACACAACCCUCUCGAGGCAUUCUUUGAGGCAGAUAGAAACCCAGAGAAUGACACCCCUGUUGUCUAUGGUCGAAGUUGGAAGGCGCCUGAACUGCGCUUAAAGUCGUGGGACGAUCUUCACAAGCUUUGGUACGUUCUGCUCAAGGAAAAAAACAUGCUGAUGUCUCAACGGCAGAUGCUUCAUGCACAAAAUCUGAGGUUUCCCAAUCCAGAACGCCUCCCCAAGGUGAGGAAAUCGAUGUGUCGCAUCAAGCAUGUGCUCACUGAGAGAGCUAUUGAAGAACCGGAUCCCAGGAGGUCUGCUGAGAUGAAAAGAAUGAUAAAUGCUUUGUGAGCACUUUAUGAGUUUUUCCGUAUCCUACCAGGUGAGGGAAACUCUCUGGUACUGACUACUGAGCCCGCAAGACUGCAAGUUUUUGGCGAGGGAGCUUCGCAUCUUUAGUAUUUCAGAAACAAGAAACAUAUUGUUAUCCUGCUGAUGGCCUUCUGAAUGGAUUUUCUCUUUUAUUUCCGCGUAGGUCAGAAUACAUGUUGAUUCAGUGAAACACUUCUUUUUGUUUAUGAAUCAUGAUAGUAGUGUGGAGAUGCCCACUUUGUUAAAGAGCAUGCACAAUAUCACAUGACGACAUGCGCUUUGCGGCCUGAUAUAUCCAAAUGGUUUAUAUCCA